ACGGGGUCGGGGCAUCGUGGGCCAGCGAGCCCGGGCGGAGGGAGGCGCAGGAGCGCGCGCGACGGGCGGAGGCGGGGAAAGCAGCGGGCGAGGCGGAGGCAAGGGAGGAGGAGGGAGAGCGAGGGAGGGACCCGCCUGCCGCGCCCCAGCUGCCCAGCAUGUGUGGCCGCAGGCGCCCGUCUCCGCUGCUGUCCCGGGGCUGAGCCGCUCCUGGGUGUCCGGGACCGUGCGUGCGCGAGGGUGUGUGUCCGCGCGGACCAGCGCCGCGCCGGCCCCGAGCCUCCGGCUCGCUCCUCCGGGCCGCGGUGCAUGUUCUCCUCCUGCCACUGUGUGCCGAGAGGCAGGAGGACCAUGAAAAUGAUCCACUUUCGGAGCUCCAGCAUCAAAUCGCUCAGCCAAGAGAUGAAAUGCACCAUCCGGCUGCUGGACGACUCGGAGAUCUCCUGCCACAUCCAGAGGGAAACCAAAGGGCAGUUUCUUAUUGACCACAUCUGCAACUACUACAGCUUGCUGGAGAAGGACUACUUUGGCAUUCGUUACGUGGACCCAGAGAAGCAGCGGCACUGGCUUGAACCUAACAAGUCCAUCUUCAAGCAAAUGAAAUCUCAUCCACCAUACACCAUGUGCUUUAGAGUGAAAUUCUACCCACACGAACCCUUGAAGAUUAAAGAAGAGCUCACAAG